AUGUGGUUUGUUCAACAAUUCCUGUUUGCAUUUUUGUUGUUUCUUUUUGUAAGCAAGUACUUAAAAAUUAGAUGGAAGGCAAGAAGUCUUCCUCCUGGACCCCCUCCUUUUCCAUUAAUUGGAAAUCUAUGGACCAUGUCAUUCAAUAUAUGUCCAGAAACACUAAGUAAGAUGGCUAAACUUUAUGGGAACAUAUACACUGUUUGGCUUGGAGAGACGCCUAUCAUAGUGCUACAUGGAUACAAGGCUGUGAGGAAUGCAAUUGUCACUAACUCAGAAGAGAUGUCUGGACGCCCAGUUUCCAACUUCAUGAAAGACAUUUCAAAUGGAAAAGGAAUUGUAGUUUCAAAUGGACAUUGCUGGAAACAGCAGAGACGUUUUGGCAUGAUGACCUUAAGGAAUCUUGGAUUAGGAAAACGUGGAGCGGAGUCACGGAUACAGGAAGAAGCUCAGAAUCUUGUAGAAAUCUUAGCAGCUCAGAACGGAAAACCAAUUGAUGUGUCAAGCUUUAUUAUAAAUUCUGUUGCAAAUGUAAUUUCUUCUAUUGUUUUUGGACAUCGUUUCUCCAUUGAUGAUCCAACUUUCCAAAAAUUGGUGGCCAUAAAUCAAUAUCUUAUUGAUAUCCUGGGUUCUAAAUGGGGAAGGCUUUAUGAUGCCUUUCCUUGGUUGAUGAAGCAUUUACCAGGUCCCCAUCAGACAGCGUUCAAAAAGAAAGAACAUUUGUGUAAUUUUGUGAGGCAUGAGAUCAAGAUUCACCAACAAGAUAAAUCCCCAGAGGAGCCUGAUGAUCUGAUAUACCACUAUUUGGCACAGAUUACAAAGACAAAUGGUGAUCCCACCUCCACGUUUGAUAUGGAAAAUCUGAAUCAGGUAGUGGUCGAUCUCUUCACUGCAGGGACAGAAUCCACAGCCAUCACAUUAGAGUGGGCAAUCUUGCUAAUGUUGGCUUAUCCUAAUAUACAGGAUAAGAUACAUAAAGAGUUAGAUAAGGUUCUUCAAGAUUCUUCAGCCAUUACAUAUGAAGACAGAAAGAGGCUUCCUUACACCAAUGCCGUGAUUCAUGAAAUUCAACGUUUUGCGAAUAUUGCAUCUGUUGGUGUCAUGAGACGCAACAUAAAGGAUAUUACACUUGAUGGUUAUCCUAUAAAAAAGAACACAAAUGUUUUACCCAACCUGGACUCUGUGCUACAUGACCCCCACUGCUGGGAAACUCCUUAUAAGUUUAACCCUGAACAUUUCUUAGACAAAGAUGGAAACUUCAAAUCAAAUGAGGCUUUUUUACCAUUUUCCGCAGGGCACAGAAUAUGUUUGGGAGAGCAAUUGGCACGCUAUGAGUUGGUCAUUUUCUUCAUUUCUCUACUGAGAUCAUUCAGAUUCGUGCUUCCGGAGAACGUGACAUAUGUUAAUACAAAUUAUGUACUAAAAGUGAUAUUAAAGCCUCACCCCUAUAAAGUCUGUAUAAUUCAAAGAUGAGGUCCAGAAAAAAAUGGACGCUAAUUUAAGAAAAGUUCACUUACAGAAUAAUGUAAAGAAGAAUAUUGAAAGUACAAAACUAACAAAUGACUUGUAUGAUGAACUACUAAAUCAUGUUAAAGGGGUUAUCCAGGAAAACACUUUUUUUUUUAUAUAUCAACUGGCUCCAGAAAGUUAGAUUUGUAAAUUACUUCUAUUAAAAAUCUAUGAGCUGCUGAAGUUGAGUUGUUCUUUACUGUCUAAGUGCUCUCUGACGACACCUGUCUCGGGAACUGUCCAGAGUAGAAGCAAAUCCCGAUAGCAAAUCUCUUCUACUCGGUGCAGUUCCUGAGACAAGCAGAGAUGUCAGCAGAGAGCACUUUUGCCAGACAGAAAAGAACUCAACUUCAGCAGCUGAUAAUUAUUGGGAGGAUUAAGAUUUUUUAAUAGAAGUAAUUUACAAAUCCGUUUAACUUUCUGGAGGAAGUUGAUAUAAAAAAAAAAGUUUUUUCCUGGAAACGUUGGCAUAUUGGCAAAAAAGUAUGCUAAUGUAUACCACUGCAUACUCAUUAAUCAGUUUAAUGGACCAAGCGGAGUCUACUAGUGGCUAUGUUCAUUGCAUUUUCUGAAUGCACAGCUGACCAGACUUUUGCGUCUUACACAAAAACAAUAUAAAGUUCCAGACAUGGAAUGAACAUAUUCAACAACAACCUAAAUUUGGUCCAUUAACUCAUAAACAACAUCAGCAUAUAUUUAUGCUAAUAUGCCUACAUAUAACUCGAAUGUACAGCCUAAAUGUGUUGCGAAUGGGCCCUAGCUCCCCCACUGUAAUAUGGGAAUGUCAGAGAUGAGUCCCAAUUAGAUAUGCAAAUUCUGGAAGAGAAUACCAGCUUUAUUGUAUGAUUUGUACAUGAUUUUAGCAAUAUAAAUAAACUGUAAAUUGAUUUUAUAAAGUGUGAGCAAAUUAUUUCAAACCAACUUCUCACUUUAAAGCCUGAAAAUCCAGGUUGAUUGCAUUUAAAGGGGUUAACCAGAUUUUAUUAACUUUUCACUAUCAUGCCUCUAAUGCCAAGUUAACAACAUAUAACAUAUUUUCAACUAUCUGUAAUUUAUGAAUAGUCAAUACCUGUAUUUAUUCCCCCAUAUACAGAUAACAACUAUUUAAAGUUGUUUAUCUCUGAUGUAUCUGUGGUUAUUCAGUAGUAGUGGCUUAACACAGAUUAUUUUGUUGAUGCGUAAAAUAUAAAAGGGGCAUAUGUAGCCUCCCACUUUAGAGAUCACUCACUACUUCCAUGUAUUGAUAAUAUAAAUGAACCUGAUCAGUGGUAGAAGAGCACCACCACUUGUGUUUCAUAGAUCACAGCACUACAGGCUGUUGAUAACUACGGUGGUCGCAGCCAUUCACAUAUUUACAAUUUAUUACUUAUUGGCCCUCAAUACUGAUAUCACAGAUAGAGACCAAGAGACUGCUACUAAAAUCAAAGUCUGCCUAUCUACUACGUUUCGCCACUUGAGUGUGGCUUUAUCAAGAAGACAUACUGACAGCAAAUAUGUGAUGCCAAGUUAUUCCUCAAGUGCUUUACUUACCUUACAUAGGUGGAUCAACUCCUUUUUUGUGAUCUCAUGGUUCUCCCAGGUUCGGCAUUCCUCCAGUCUCUGGAUGACUGUUAUCUCGAGCUUUCCCAGGGCCCCGUUUGGGUCGAGAUAACAGGUGAUCACAGGGAGCUUGGUUUGUUCUUGUCUUACCUGACAAGCCAGUCCCCUAUUGACAUAUGUUCAAGGCAUCCCCCGCUGUCUGCAGACUGUUGAUCACGUGCGGAGUACCCCUUUAAGGUUGGUGUGUGUACAACUGGUGGAAAGAAUGCUUGCUGGCACUGGCAAAUCGGAAGGGCAGCAAUACUGACAUCAAAUUACAAGUGCUUUGCAGCUUGCAUGUUGUAUGCAGAAUGCUUCUGCUUGUAACAUAUAAUGCAAUCUCCUCAUAGUACUUUAGUAUAUGCACCUUUGUACCAAGGGUAAACUGUAAGGAAUGGCCACAAGGUAAAGCCAGUAAAAGAAUUUAGUUCUUGUAAGUCUAGGUUCCCACUGUGCUUUUCUAUUCUUUUAAUGUAUAUGUUUUAUACAUUCGAAAAGGGAACAUUUUUUUUUACAUGAGUUAAAAAAAAAAAAAAAUAAGAAAAAAAACAAGGAUUGCAUAUAUGGUUUUGGGGUUUUUUUUUGUUUUUUUUUAACAUACACAAAAGUGUAGUUGUCUAUGUUUUUGUAUACAGCAAAAUUAAACGUACUGUAAUGGAAACAGUUAAGCGAAAAAACAAUGCAGACAAAAUGCUAAAUUAACUUAACCUAACAGAUAUUGUUUAAAUAGGUAUUCUGGUGGAAACUGGUGCCAGAAGCAGAUUUGUAAAUUACUUCUAUUUAAAAAUCUUAAUCCUUCCAGUACUUAUCAGCUGCUGUAUGCUCCAGAGG